AUGAGUGGACCACAAUCGGAAUCCUCAUCAUCAAAUACGUCGCCAAUAUCGGUUGGGAGGGACCUUGACAUGGAUGUAUCAUACAUCAUGCCUUCUGGCAGCGAUUCUGACGACACCGUGACCGAGCCCACAGUAAUCUUUGUCAACAAACAAAGUGCCUCCGCUGACGAUGGAACGCAGCAAGCGCCCACGGACGCACUUGCUCCUGCUAAGCAAACAGACUGUGAGUACAUACUGUCGUUAUUAUCUGACUCGGAUAUGUCCAUUGAGGCGUGCGAAGGCUCACCACUCAAUGACACUAGAUUUCUGUCAGAGGAUGACGAAGCACCUGCAGAGACGCAAUUAUCAAAUUCUGACUUGGCGCCAGAAGAAAAUUACAUGAUGCCGCAUAUUCGCAGCUUGUAUGUAAAGAAAAACGCGCCAAAAGAUCUACAGGACAAUCCAUUGAUCAAAAGAUUUAGGACAAAAGCCACUCCUAGCAAUGGGCUGCGCAUCCAAUGUGAAGACAUUGAAUCAUAUAAUGCUGCUAGGUCCACACUGGAAGAAGAUGGAACACAUCUGUACACCCACCAAUUGCCCAGCCAGAAGGGUUUGCGCAUCGUAGUGAAGAACAUCCACCACUCCACUCCUUGCGAAUGGAUCAAGAAUAUAUUGAGCGAGAAGGGAUAUGUGGUUAGACACAUACGCUGCGCCAGGCAGCGUUUUACGGGAAAGCCGUUAAACCUUUUUGAGGUAGAAAUACAACCUACUGCAGAUGGCAGCCACUUAAAUAUUCUGAGCCUCAAAGAAUUAAGCAACCAGGCAGUGAGAAUCGAACGGCAAGCCAAGCCAGUAGAUCCUCCACAGUGCCAUAGGUGUCAGGCGUAUGGCCACACCAAGAAUUAUUGUAGAAGGCCAUUUAAGUGUAUGAAGUGCGCGGGCGAUCAUGCCUCCACAGAUUGCACAAAACAAAGAAACACCACACCCAAGUGCACCAACUGCGGAGGAGAGCACAUAAGUAGCUACAAAGGCUGCCCAUCCCUCAAGGCGGCCAGAAGUAAACUCUCGUCAGUUCGUGCUAUCGCAGAAGUAAAACGGAUGAAGCAGAAGCGGUUAACGGACGAGAUGCCACUUGAUGGGCAGCGGAAGGCAGUAGAUGUGGCCAGCAGCUUACCACAACAUCCAGGCCAGUCUCCCGCACUCUCAUACAGCCGGGUCGUUCGCAGCGGUCUGGAUGUCCACUCGAGCCAGCAGAAACAGCAUCAGCAACAGCAGCGAAAUAAAACAACAAAAGCAGCAGUAUCCCCUUCAGACAAUGAUAUGCAAAAUACUGCAUCACCAGCAAAUCCAUUCAAGGCUUCGCAUAUCUCCUUACGCCCACAGCCAGUACUGGGCAAACCCCAGCACAAACGACCAGCAGGCGCCAAGGCAACAAAAAAGGCAAAAAUAAAUAGCCAAUUGCCUAAGGUGGAGGCAAGCGGCGUCAUCAAUAGAGGCCCAUCGAGCAAUCCUGCUGAAAAGCACCUGGCUUGCUUCCAAAAUCGACUGCGUGAAGAGCAGCAGCGUAAUCAGCAACAGCCGCCACAACCCGACUACCUAACCAUGUUCAAUAAGCUAGAAAAUAAAAUAGACCAAUUAAUAAAUGUUAUGAUGCGCUUUAUUGAACACCAAGCUGCUAGCAGUACAUUACCAGCACAACCCCAUCAACAGCAAGAACUACUCCAGCAGGCAUCCAGACAAAGGAAUGCAAGCAGCAUAGCCUCCAUGGAGCUUGACACAGCCAAUGACAUGCCAAAUGACGACUAG